CAUGCAGGGCUUGUGACGCAACAACCGCAUGACUGAAAAUAAAUAAUAGUCCCCUACUCUUCUGGGUCACUACUAAGACAACAAUCGACUUGGCCUGCCGUAACUACAGGUACUGGUAAAAUAUCUCCGAAAUAAAGCAAAGCAAGGGGCAGCUGCUUUAAUUUUACCAAACUUUGGCGAAACAUUCGUCCGCAUAUCUGAAGCACCGGAAUCAGGGGGGCCGACAACCAUAAUCGCUAUACUGGGUACUCUUCCCUUGCGGAGGUCUCAGAAAUAAUUAUGGAAAUUCAUCCAGUAGCAAAAUUUGUUACAUGCGGUGUGGAGACUAAUUGACCAGUUGAAAUGGUCGUUUAUGUACAUGAGGCCAUCACCCGUGCCAGCCCAAUAAAAGUAGGGACAGUUAUCAGUGAGAUAUAUUUUAGCGUAUUCUUCCUCAGUCCUCAACACUUCAUUCGUUUAUUGAAGAUUGAUCAAGAUAACCAAUGAUUUGAAAUAUAUCGCCAAAAUACACGUGACCAGAGCUACUUGGUUGAAGGAUAAAUUACCACAAUUGUUUACGCCAUGUUUUAAUCAUUUGGCAGUCCAAAGAAAGUAGCGGCAGUGUUUGUAAAAAAAGAAAGGUCUAUAUUUUGCGGGCUCUGAUCCCAAAAUAAGACAUCAUCUUUGUCUGGUUUUCCUCUGUCAAGGUAGGGGAAACACUUUGUAUUUUAUAUCAAAGCUCAGUGCUAUAAAAUUUUACCGAUAGACGGUGUAACAAAUUGUACAACCCCGGCCAAGUCCCUGCUAUCAUCCCGAAGCCAGCCAUUGUGCAACCCGGGCCAAGCCCCGGUAUCGUCCCGGGCCAGCGGGGCAGCAAUUGUACAACCCUGGCCAAGUCCCUGCUAUCAUCCCGAAGCCAGCCAUUGUGCAACCCAGGCCAAGCCCCGCUAUCGUUCCGGCCCAGCGGGGCAGCAAUUGUACAACCCCGGCCAAGUCCCUGCUAUCGUCCCGGCCAGUGGGGCACCUUUUUUGGGGGCAUCCCGGGGUACGUCCCCGCUACAUUUUCGAAAGUCCCGGGUCCCCUGGGGCGGGGAUGACAAUCGACAGGUGUAUUAAAGAAUGUUGGCUUGAAGUAGAAGCUCAUACAGGUGUACGUGUAUUGAUUUUUGCAGGGCUGGAGAAUCGUGUGUGCCAAAAGUGGUGUACUUAACCACUUCACUGCUUGAACAACCAACAAUCAAGCAUAUUCAUUUACUAGGACUUUGGAAUCAGUUAUUUAUCAGUGCAUGCCAUGGAUGGGCGUCUAGGUUUCCACCCUCCCAUCCCUGUGGAUUCGAGAACCCACGAAGGACGAUAUCACUUUGACAGUCCUAUUCACCACCCCUUACAUGGGCAUACUUCCGGAGGCAGUCCCUCUCUGUCCGAUGUCUCGUUGAUACGUCUCACCCCCCAGCGGGGAUCAUCAGCUGACUCGGCUAGCUACCCGCUGUACAUGCAGCACUAUGUGGACCAGUUUAGGGGGAGUCCGGCCAUGUCAGCCCUGUCCCAUGCCCGGGGAAUCAGCCCCAGCGGCUCCUAUGGUGAGGGUGCCAUACCUCCCAGCCAUCCCACCGCUAUGCCCUACCACACCCAUCUCAGCCAGCACAGUCUCAUCGCCCCGGAGUUCCUCAGUGCUCCACCCAGUACAGCGGGGAGCAUCGAGCACCCAGCACUGGAUGUGGGAUCCAUUGAAGGCUCCCGAUUUUCCACCCCGCGGCCCACCGACCGCCGCAGCCGCAAGAGAGCGCUCUCCAUCUCACCUCUCUCUGGUGAGUGCCUGGACAUCAACGCCAUGAUCCGCACCUCCCCCAACUCCCUGGUGGCCUACAUCAACAGUUCGCGCAGCUCUUCCAGUGCCAGUGGGUCCUACGGCCAUCUGUCUGCGGGGGCUGUGAGUCCACUGAGCUGGCACCCCUCUGCCACGCCAAUAGCCCACCUGCAACAACUCCAGCAACAGCUGAUGAGACAAAGGACCGGGCUCGGGAACCCGUUCAUGCCAUCAGCCAUCCCGCCCCCAUCAGGGGCAGUCCAGCAUCACCCAGCAAUGGCAACGCUGCUGGCCCGGGCUCACCCUUCCAGUAACACCAAUGAGGAGACCAUGGUGCCUCCAAUGACUACCGACAUCCUAGCCAAGCACAGCAGCAGGCCUGCAGUUGAGAAUAACACAGAUGCAACUCACGAGGGGCAUAGUCCCCAGAAGUUCCUGGAGCCCAACAACAAUGACCUAGUAACCAGCAGCCUGGACCCUGCCGACCGAAACCGGAGACAGGACGCCUCCCCGAAUGUGGUCUCGUCCACCUGUCAUGUGGACGCCAAGAAGAUGUCGCCUGAUGGGCACCGGGUAGGGGCGGAGAGGCAUGGUAAGGGGGUGGGGAUUGGCAGUGAGGACGGAACCAAGGGGCUGAUUGAAGAGGAUGUGCCCGUGGUGACGGACUGUGAGUGGAACGACUGUCAAGCGAGAUACGAUACAUUGGAUCAACUGGUGCAGCACAUCCUGAACGACCACAUCCACAACGAGAGGAAGGAGUUUGUCUGCCGGUGGCGGGGUUGCAUCCGGGAGGAGAAGCCCUUCAAGGCCCAGUACAUGCUGGUGGUGCACAUGAGACGACACACCGGCGAGAAGCCACAUCAGUGCACGUUUGAGGGUUGCAAGAAGGCCUACUCUCGGCUGGAGAACCUCAAGACUCACUUGCGCUCCCACACCGGAGAGAGGCCCUACGUCUGUGAGUUCCAAGGAUGCACCAAGGCCUUCUCCAACGCUUCGGACAGAGCUAAGCACCAAAACCGAACACAUUCCAAUGCUAAACCAUACGUCUGUAAGAUCCCAGGUUGCACCAAGCGCUACACGGAUCCCAGCUCGCUGCGCAAGCACGUCAAGACGGUGCACGGCCCUGACGCCCACGUUACCAAGAAGCAGCGUGGUGGGGACAGGCAUGACCGCACUCCGGGUGGGGCCGGGGAGGGGCAGACCAGGGACCAGCAGCCAGGCUCGGUCAAGUCGGAGAGUGCCGAGAGUGUGGACGGGAGCGUGGUCAGUGUAGGCCGGCGCAGCGACCGGCCGCCCAGCGUACCUCCAUCUGACUUGCACAUUGAUGUGGUGCACGACAGCCCCAUCACCGAGUGCCUGACGCUGCAGCACGAGUUCAGUUGCUCGCCGCACAACGACAGCGGCGUCGAGAUGACAGUCCCCGGUGGCAGCCUGACUGACCUGACCACCAUCGAAGAUGACAAGAUCCAGGACGACCACAUCAGCUCCAACAUGGGUCCCUCAAGCCAAGGGGGCCGGGGCAACGGGGGAGGUGGACGCACCAGGGGGUCAGCCCUGACCACCCUGUCCUCCCAGACCGUCCGGCCCAUCAGUCCUUUGGUCUGUAAGCCAUCCCGGCAGAGAUUGAAAGUCAACACACCUGCUGUGAAUCGACUGGCUCAGAAGGUCAAGACGGCGCAAGGGUUACCGCAGCUACCACAAAUCAAUACGAGGAGAGGAGCAAUCGUGAACACUUCCAGCGAGUUCAAGCCCAAGGACCGCAAUAUCAUCAAGCUGCAGGCUGAGGAGAUGGGACGUUGCGACAGUAGCCAGUCAUUUAUUGGCUCCCUGGAUAACCUGGGCGCGCGACGGGGUAGCAACGGCAGCACCGUCAGCUCCUACUACAGCAGCCGGCGGUCUUCAGAGGCAUCCCCGUUCCCCCUCAGCCAAUUCUCAAGUCGGCGCUCCAGCGGGGCCAGCACCUACCUGUCUUCGCGGCGGGCGUCUGGCGCCAGCUCGCAGUUCUCCAGCAGGUUCGGCGCCACCAGCUCCAACUUCGACCCAAUCUCGCCAGGGUCAUCGCGCCGAUCCAGCGGGGCCAUGAGCGGCAUGAACGGCCCCACGGGCCUCCCCGGGUUAACCCUUGAGGAACAACGUCGGCUGCAGGCCAAGUACGACCAGGUGACCGGACAGCAGAACUCUUGGGGCGAAGACAAAUUCGCUCCUUCCCCGCUGCCUGGGUAUAACGGCAAUCGGCACGGCAGCUUCCCUAGUCGUACACCGCUCCCCCAUGAGGUCCCUGGUGUUGGGAUCCGGAGGGCUAGCGAUCCGGUCCACCAGAGACAGCAAGAGCCCGUUUUGCAUCGCUACAACAGCCUGACCAACAUCAACCCCCACAAUCCGCUGCCCAUACCCCAAAAUAUGUCCAGCUUGAAGCAGCGAUCCCGGCCCAUGGAGAUGCCGCCAGUGAUCAGUAACCAGUGGCAGGACAUGGCCCGGGAGAGCGCCAUGGGUCAGCACAGUGGAACGAUGGACAUGAUUAAUGAAGACCCCACUGGGGACAUGAUGUCCAUGCAGAAUGCAGUGUACCAGCCGAUGAUACCGUCCAAUCAGAACCGGGGAUACAACAACGGAUACGCCGAGCCCAAAAUGAUGACCGGCGGGUAUGUGGACAGUAACGACAUGAUGCAUUCGAUCUUGGGGAACGUCAACGAACAGUACCAGCCUAACCAAAUGCAGUUGAAUGAAGCUCACUACAUUCAGCUUCAACAACAGCAACAGCAGCGCGCGUACCAAAACUCAAUGCCAACAUCCAUGGAGAUGUCGCCGGGCUGCAACCAGGUUAGCAGCACGGUGGACCACCCCUACGACCAGCCCAGCAUUCCUCAGAUGGACUGCGACGACCCCGUGGCCAGCGGCCUGGCCGCACUGUCGGCCGACGGCCUGGACAACGUCCAGCCCCUGAUCCCCAACCUGGUCAGCCCCACCGACCUGAUGAACGGCAUGGGCUGCGAGAGCCCCAUGGUGCCCAACGUGAACCCUGUCUCCAACAUGGUGGUGAACGACAUGUCUUCCAUGCUGACCUCACUAGCAGAAGAGAACAGGUUCCUGAACAUGAUGAGCUAAAGAGGCCAGCACAGUACCGUCACAGCAUUACUAACUACCACAAUUAGGCCCCGUCUGCUUGCUCCACGUAUUCGCACAGAGCUAAACACAGUGGAUCGGAAAAAGAGCCACCCACAGUAAUCCUCGUUGCUAUUGUAAGGGCUUCCCUUCUGGAGAAUUACAAUUGGAAAUACUGGACAGUUUAAUAACAUCCUCCAUUUGGAUACUUUGUUUCUUAAGGAAUUAUGUUGAAUACAAAGACAUUUAUCAUAAUAACAUCCUCCAUUUGGAUACUUUGUUUCUUAAGGAAUUAUGUUGAAUACAAAGACAUUUAUCAUGCAGGAAGGAAAAGGUACUGAAAGCGGAUUUCAACCCAAACUGGGGGUUAGAUCUCAGUAGGUGCUCCACCAAAUUGCCGUGCUAAAAACUGAGCUAUUUCCUGGUGCUGCAUACAUCUCUCAGAAGAUGCGGUCAGAGACUGAUCUUUCAGGGACAUCCUGUCAUCCUGACCCAUCAGUAUUCAGAAGAUGAGGUCAGAGACUGAUCUUUCGGGGACAUCGGGUCAUCCUGUCCCAUCAGUAUUCAUCCAGAGUCAAAGUGUGCUACUUGUGAAUUGUCUGUACAAGCUGGAGAAAGGUUUCUUUGCAGAUGUCCUGUCAUGCUUUAUGAGCAAGUUUUGCUCCAGUGCCGAUUGGCAAAUGAUAGUGCCGAAGACCAGUGGUCAAGGUCCUCCUCGCCUGUGAUCUGAGCCCAGUUAGAUGGACUAUCCAGCAGAGCAUAUGCCCUCUGCUUAGGCAUAUCACGCAAACUACCAGUCAUAAGCUGUGUAUGUUACAUAACACUCCGGUUGGUAACAUGCUGAGCAUGUACUCUCUGUUCUCAUCAAAAUGUCGUCCUUUGAAAUCCCACAAAUAUAGAUCCCUAUUAACCCAAACUGUCUGGGUAUUGAAUUUUUAGAUGAAAGGACCAUAUUAUUGACUAGACCAGUCGACUGGAGCACUGGAUACAGUAGGUUACACAAGCGAUAGUUUUAGGCUGUACAUGAAGGCAGCGUUAGCAUACCAAGCAUUUGCCUAUUGUCAAGAAGAAAAAUCAUGCGUAAUUUUUUUCUGGCGAGGCCUUGAAGGUAAUAAAGUCAUCUUUACUUAGCUUUUACUCAUGAGAUUUAAGAAAUGUAACAAAAGGAGCUUUGCGAUGGCAGAAACUGACGUCAGAUUGACUUCGCUACCGAUUUCAUUGUGUAUUUUUUGUACAGCCUUUUAUAGUCUCUCAGGGAGUUGUUUGCAAAUUGUAGCAGAGCUGAACAAUUGUUACUGGCUUUUUGCGGAGAGGCAAUUUUACCUCGUAAUUUGAUACCAGACCUAUGCAAGACAGUGUUUCAGUUGAUGACACCUUGUCCAGUGUCAUUCAUGUGCUUCCAGUUGUAAAAAGAAAUCGGUUUUAGAAUUUAAUCAAGAAUUCACCAUCCGACUUCAGUCAACAGCCCAUAAAACAUGCUUUACAUGUAGGUCAUUGGUUCAUCCUAUUACGUUGUUUUAUUUGGGGAAUUUCUUGAAACCUUCAACAGCUUACAUGCAUUAUUUUGGAAAUAAAACAUGAGCAACUUAAACGUGUUCAGAAAGUAGCUCAUAUAUUUAUGAAGAAAAUGUGCAUGCAAAAAAAAAUCACUUUUUCAUUUUUCUAAAAAAUUUUUUAAAAAGUUUUUCUGGUUUUCCUCACUUUUAACUAAACUGUGGUGAAACCGUUUCCAGAAUAUUAUCGAAAACAAAUCACUACUGAUGAACUAGAUGUACUAACUUAAUUUUAUAUGAAUGCAAACGCUACUUAGUAGCGAUGAAUACAAUUUUAAUAUUUAAUAAUUGACGUAUUCAUUAGUACCAUAUCCUGCCCUCUCAAGUUCUAAAUAAGUCAGAUGUUAAUUGAUCUAUCAUGAGUUGUGUCUUUCACAUGAGAGGCUGAUUUGGAAAGAAGUACUUAAGCACCUUUGGUUUAAUUGUUACACCGAGCAAAGUUAUGCAUUCAAGUAUUUCUGUAGGUGUGUGUUGCUUGCAGGAUUCUUCUGAAGACGGCCUGAAAUAUUCGCUUACCGGCAUUUUAAAAUCAAUUGCUUUGAUACAUGGAAAGUGUUUCUGUGAUUUUUUGUUUUUUGGGGCAAUGUAGAUGGAUGUCUAAAUUAUCAAGCAAAGUAGCGGUGAAAGGGAAUAAAUAAAAAGCUACCACACUGACCUUCGGUAUUGCCAAUGAUUUACUGCCGCACAAGGAAAUGGGCUCAAAAGCAAGAAGGUAUGAAACGUUACCUGAGGAGUAUUUUAAAUGUAACAAGAUAAAUAGGUGCUGGUGCCCGAAUGCUGGAUAUUUCAUGUGCUUCCCAAUUGCCAGAUGAAACUUGAAUAUUGACAGUGUGCUGAGGGUUUUUAAAUCCUGUUUAUGAACAGCUACUUCAUAGAUCCUCUUUUCACUUUUUUUUAAAGUCCAUUUGUAAUCGUGCUGUUUUAAGGUGCACCAAAAAUACUAUGCAAUGGGACAAAGUGAGGCUGAAGAGUUUAUAUAAAUACUUUUUAUAAGAAAACUUUAUACAAAAGUAAUAACUAACAAAACCUUUUAUUAACAACUUGUACAUACGAAAUUAUGGUACUACUUCCAUGCAAGAGUGUGCUUAACAAUCAGUUGAUAGAUUUUCAGUCUUCAGAGAAAAUCUUUGUAUUCUGUUAAUACAAUUGUAGAAAAUGAUUGUAGAAUUUCUUAUAUUUUUUUUUUCUUUUCUUAACAAAGUGUACAUAUAUACUUUUUGUAUUUGGAUUCAAAAAGAUCUUUGCCUUCUGCCGUCUGUAAUGCAUCGAGAAGACGUGUUCAUUUUGAAGACUUGAGAUGAUAACAGAAAAUGUCAGAGGCGUGAAUGAAGUUGUCAUUUUUAAAUCCAUCACGUCUGCUGGAGGGAUCUUUGCCAGAGGGAUAUUUUGGUAUUUUUUGUUUUUUAUUAUUUAGUAUAAUUAAUUAUUAUCAAUCUCAUAUGGACAUUGCCAGAGCCCUUCUUUAAAAUACAACUAUUUUACGGGCAGGGAAAGAGCUUUUUUCUUGCACUCUGCUCGCAACCAGUUGUAAUCAUUGUUAUGUGAUACUGUCAGAUUGUAACAUGCCCUGCUAUUGGCUGGAGCUAUUUUCAAGCCCUUGGCUAGCAGCAUUUAAAGAGAAGGCACUGUAAUAUAUGCCGAGGGUUGCAAGGCAUAUCCAUCAGCAAUAAACUUACAAAAGGCAAAGAAAAGUAUGGUUUACGGCUCCUUAGGAAACCCUGAGAAACAUUAGAUGGGUUAUUAGUUUGAACAAAGUAUUAAAUUUUAAAUAUAUUUAAGAGAUUUCCUGCUGGGUUAAAAAGGGUAAAAAACAUUUAUUUUUAUUCAUUAUGCUUUGUAUUGAGUACAGUCAACCCUUUUUUUUGGACGAGAAACAAAAAGAUAAAGUAUUUCCUAUCAGUGGCUGUUCAAAAAAAGUUCCAUUUGAGUUCUUGGAGUUGCUGGGAGGUUUCAAUUAUCCGUCCAAUUGUAUCUUUGUCAUUUUAGCAUAUUUAAGCCUUGGCUGUCAUUUGCUGUUCAAUUUGCAUGAAUUCCACGACCAAACAUUUGCUACAUGAAAUGAGUUUUAAUGUAUAUAUACAAACAUAAAUGCUUCAUUAUGCAUGGCCAAAGAAUUUUGUACAAACGAAACUUUAACUGUUCUUUUCUUUGAUUUGUUGUUUUAGAAUCAUGUAGAUCUAAUACAUUUUGUAAUCACAUUUAGUAGUGUAGGUUUUUUCUUGCCAUACAAAUCUACAUACCUGUACAUGAGACUGUAUGUAGGGGUUUUUUUAGUGAGAAUUUAACAGCAAUAUAAUAAAUGAAUAUUGCGUAUUUUUGGUAUCUGGAA